CCUGAAGCAGGAGGCAGGAAGUUACCCGGCACCUCUGGAGCCCCGUGCAGAAAGUGCUGUCAGCCGCUUCGGUAGCGGCGCGAGCUGGAGGCCGGUGCCGGGACUGGCCGUUCGGUCUCGCCGCACUUAGGCCCCGGUUUCCAUCGUAGCACCACGGCCCCGUCCCUCAACCCCCUGCCCGGCGCGGCUGCCCGGGGGGCUCCUUCAGCCUCCUUGACGCCGCUCCAAGGGGCACCUACCCGGUUGGCGCCUGGGUCUCCGGCUUGGGGACUGGCUUCCGGCUUCAGCGCUCCGAGCCGCAGUAAGAAGCAUCCUUGUCACCCCGCGCCCCGACUCCCUCUCUGAACACACACCUAGACCCUGGUCCAAGAGGCAGCCUCGGACCUCAGACUAGAGACGGAUCCAGGACGCCCAGCACUGGCAUCUCCUCAGACGUGGCUCUGCAUCGUCUCAGAGAUGUCACCCACCGUCUCCCACAAAGACAACAGUCGGCAACGACGGCCAGGGACUUUCAACCACGCUCUGGAUAUGAAGAGCGGCCCCCUGCCGCCGGGCAGCUGGGAUGACUGUCACCCGGACUUGGUGGGCGGAGAAGGGGACAAAGAAGCUCUUCUUUGGGACAGUAGCACCAGUGGUUUCUCCAAACCCCCGCGGAGCUACCGGGCCGAAUUAAGCAGCAUUUUGCUGUUGCUUUUUCUUUACGUGCUUCAGGGCAUUCCUCUGGGCCUGGCGGGAAGCAUACCGCUCAUUUUGCAGAGCAAAAAUAUUAGCUAUACAGACCAAGCUUUCUUCAGUUUAGUCUUCUGGCCCUUCAGCCUCAAAUUGCUCUGGGCCCCCUUGGUGGAUGCAGUUUACUUUAGGAACUUCGGUCGGCGAAAGUCGUGGCUGGUCCCUACGCAGUACAUCCUGGGAAUCUUCAUGAUCUACCUGUCCACUCAGGUGGACCGCUUGCUCGGGAACACGGAUGGCAGGGCCCCCGAUGUGGUUGCCCUCACGGUGACGUUCUUCUUGUUUGAAUUCCUGGCUGCCACGCAGGACAUCGCUGUGGAUGGUUGGGCAUUAACUAUGUUAUCCCGGGAGAACGUGGGCUAUGCUUCGACUUGCAACUCAGUGGGCCAGACAGCGGGCUACUUUUUGGGCAAUGUUUUGUUUUUGGCCCUUGAAUCUGCCGACUUUUGCAACAAAUAUUUGCGGUUUCAGCCUCAACCCAGGGGCAUCGUUACUCUUGCAGAUUUCCUUUUUUUCUGGGGAGCUGUAUUUUUGGUAACAACAACUUUAGUUGCCAUUGUGAAAAAAGAAAACAAAGAGGUAUCAGUAGGAAAAGAAGAAACCCAGGGCAUCACAGAUACUUACAAGCUGCUCUUUGCAAUUAUAAAAAUGCCGGCAGUUCUGACAUUUUGCCUUCUGAUUCUAACUGCAAAGAUUGGUUUUUCAGCAGCAGAUGCAGUAACAGGACUGAAAUUGGUAGAAGAGGGAGUACCUAAAGAACAUUUAGCCUUAUUGGCAGUUCCAAUGGUUCCUUUACAGAUAAUAUUGCCUCUGAUUAUCAGCAAAUACACUUCAGGUCCCCGGCCACUAGAUGUAUUUUACAAAGCCAUGCCCUACAGAUUAUUGCUUGGAUUAGAGUUUGCUCUGCUGGUUUGGUGGACUCCUGAAGUAGAACAUCAAGGGGGAUUCCCUGUAUAUUACUAUAUCAUGCUGCUGCUGAGUUAUGCGUUACACCAGGUUACAUUGUACAGUAUGUAUGUUUCCAUAAUGGCUUUUAAUGCAAAGGUUAGUGAUCCACUUAUUGGAGGAACAUAUAUGACCCUUUUAAACACCGUGUCCAAUCUGGGAGGAAACUGGCCUUCUACAGUAGCUCUUUGGUUAGUGGAUCCCCUAACUGUGAAAGAGUGUGUAGGAGCAUCAAACCAGAGUUGUCGAACACCUGAUACUAUUGAGCUUUGCAAAAAACUCGGUGGCUCAUGUGUUACAGCGCUGGAUGGCUAUUAUGUGGAGUCCAUUAUUUGUGUGCUUAUUGGAUUUGGGUGGUGGUUCUGUUUUGGUCCAAAACUUAAAAAGUUACAGGAUGAAGGACUGUCUUCAUGGAAGUGCAAAAGGAACAAUUAAUGCAUUUAUUACUGGACAUUCUAAGAAAGGUAACUGUAGUUUAGUUUUAAUUCAGAGAGCUAUGAUAAUCAGUGAACAGGAGUAUAAAAUAUUAUUUUAAACAAGGAAAUUAUUGCUAUAAAAUGCCAAAUGGUUAAAAAAUAGAGACCUCUCUGCAUACAUGAUUAUAUUUUUCCUUGACUUGUUAGUGUAUUUACAGUUCACUUAAGGUCAGGAAAUUUGUCCUAAAACAACUUUUUAGGCCUUGUUUGAUUUAUAUCUUUUUAAUUUACUGACCAAAGUAUUUUUUAGGCAGCAAAGCAUAACCAAGCAGUCAGGUAUUGUUAUCAGUUCCUAUCCUCAAGCUGUAUUUAAAAUUUUAGUAAAAUAUAUUCAAUGGAAAAGAGUGUGAUAAGCAGAUAUUAAUUAUAACAGUCCUGACCUGUUGAAAGUAAAACUUCAUUUUGAAUUGCAAGUUGUUAAAUUCUAUGUGGAAUUUUCUGAAAAGAGAAUUUAGACUGUUGACUGAAAUGCCAUUUUAGUUGUUAUUUUUUUUUGACCACAACCACAUUGUACUAAUGAAUCUGUGUUUAAAAGACUAUUUGAAAUGUAGUUCCUGCUUUUGUAGGCAUUAAAGAUUUAUAAGAAGAUUAUUCAAACUAUUUUUUUAUAAAAUGAAAGCUAUGAUAUUUAAUUUAUUGAUUCCCCUGUCCACACUUUUUUGGAGUUUUUAUUUCUUGUUAACUUUUACCCUAAAGUUUGCAUAUGUUUUUGUCAUAAGAGCUACAUGGCACACAGAAAUCUCAUGAGGGGAUCAAAUUUAGUGUUGAAUACAUGCUUGUGGCAAAGUUUUGAAAAUAAAAAUUAAAUGUUUUUUCUUCAAGUAGUUUUUUUGUUUGUUUUUUACCAGAAAAAAAAAGAACAGUAAAGCUUUCAGAUUAAGUAAAAUUUAAGUGAAAAAAAUGUUUAAAGCAGUAAGACAGAGAUAUUUUGUGCCUUUGACAAAUUAAAUCAUGUGGUGGAAGAAUGUUUCUUAAUUAAGCACUUUACUGGUGAGAAAAAAUCUCACAAUUACUUUAUACCAAAUCAGGUACUGUAUUUCCACUUAUUAAAGCACAGUCUUCUCUUUGUAAACUAUAGCUGCCAGUAGAGAAUGGCUAUUCCAGGAGAAUUAAGCUUUUUAGUACUUUAGAAAUUUCCAACUUAUUAUGUACACUUGGUAAUAAGGUUCUUUGCAUAUUUUGUGUUGUGUAUUACUCUGACUUUUUAAAGAUUAUAUAGUAAAUCAUUCAAAAUUGAAGUUAGAGGAAAAAAAGAGAUUAUAAGUAGAGUCUUACUUAGUAAUAUUUUUUUGGAAAAUAUACACUAACUCCUUUUUUUUUUAACUUUAUAACAUAGGUUGAAUUUUAGAGUGGGUUUUUAUAAGUAAUGGAGGAUAAACUGGGUGGGAGAAAAUGGCAUUUGGCAUCCGAAGAAAGAUAGAUGAAGGCAGCGGCCUCUAAACCCGUGCAUGGCCAUUGGGAAGCCAGUGUUGGGCAUUGAUGUCAGAUCCUGCAGAAUCACCUAGAAAAGUCAUCCUGCAGACAAGGAGACUACACCAAACAAUAGACUCCAGUACUGUGUCACAUAUGAAUUAUCAUGUAUUAUAAUCAAAAUGUUUACUUGAAUAAAUAAAAAGCCCACUUAACUAUCA